AUGACAUCGGAACUAUCGAUUGGCAAUGAGAUCAAAGAUGGUUUCAAGGAAACUUCCAAGUGGGUUCAGAAUAAUCUUAAAUGGCUCUCAGAGCUAGAGUCCUUCUACAGAGAGAGAGCGAAGCUUGAAAAAGACUACAGCAGCAGACUUACACACUUAGCUGGUGAAUACUUUGGUAAGAAAAGUGCAGGCACGGUAGCGUUAUCAGUUGGGGAUGCACCCACGACGACACCGGGAUCGCUGGAAGCUGCUUCUUUAGUUGCGUGGAACGAAAUUCUAUCGCAAACAGAAAAGAUGUCGCAAGAUCACAAUCAAUUGGCACAGGAAUUCGAGUUUCAAGUGGCAGAUCAGCUCGUGGCGCUGGGCAAAAAAUGCGACUUUCUGGUAACCACAAUUAACGGCUUCAACACUGCUUUGACGGAAAAGCGGGAUAAGGCGUACUUAGUCCUGGAAAAGGCCAAAAAAUCGUACGAUGAGAAGUGCAUUCAGAUGGAAAGUGCACGGGCCAAGCAGACCAAGUCAUCGAGCGACAAAGCCCAACGCAAGGCUGGUGGCAAAGAACACGAAAUGAACAUUGCCAAAAACCAUUACCUCGUCACAAUUAAUCAGGCAAAUCGAAUCAAAGACAAAUACUAUUUCCAGGAUGUGCCAGAAGUGCUAGAUCUGUUGCAAGAUUUGCACGAAAGUCGCACACGGGUUAUGAAUUCCAUAUGGGUAUCAGCUAGCUCGCUCGAGCGAGACAUGUGCAAAAGAAUUGACGCGAGGCUAACCACAGCAGACUCCGUGGUAUCGCAAAACAAGCCAGGUCUAGACUCAACAAUGUUUAUCAAGCACAACUUGAAGGAUUGGAAAGAGCCCGCUGAUUUCCAGUACGUUCCGUCGUCAGUGUGGCACGACGAUGAACAAUUUGUCGUAUCGUCUAGUACCGAGUUACAGGACUUGAAGAUCAGGUUAGCGAAAGCUCAGCAAGUCUAUGAUCAAAUGCAGGGUUUUGCAAGUUCAGAGAUCGGGGAUUUGACGUCACUAAACAAGCAAAGACAAGGAAUGAAAUCGCAGGACGGCUUAAGUGGCGAGCAAACACUAGCCUUACUUUCGAAAUAUGUGAGGUCUCUGACAUCUUAUACAUCACAUGAGACUGCCAAGUUGGAAGCUUUGGUAGAGAUCGAAAGUAUUCAAAAUAACGUACCUGAGGAGCAUGAUCUGAGUACCGACGGGAUUGACCUCGACAAACUGGGCAAAAAGUCGGGCGUUUUCAACAGAUUCAAGAAGAGUCUGACGAUUUCAUCGGAGAAAAAAGCUACCAAAGAAGACAACACAGACAUGGCUUCGACAUUCUCCACCGAGUCCAAGAGUAAAAAUGGUAAUCAUUUAUCCUUCUUUCGCGGAAGAAGUAGAGCUCAAACUAGCGAUUCACGAUUUUCUGCGAAUACGGGAAGCGAUGCUAACAGCGCAACUGAGCGAACUGAUGAUACCAAAAAUGCCGUUUUGUUCAGCUACCAAAAGACAGAUAAUGAUGAAACGAGUGUCACAAUUGGCGACAAUUUUUCGGUAUUGGCACCGGACUCCGGCAGUGGUUGGACGAAAAUUAAAAAUGAAACUACAGGGGACACUGGACUUGUUCCGACCAGCUAUAUUGCAAUUCGUGAGGCAGUUCGUUCCAAUGCUCCUCGUGCACCUCCGCCCAGAAAAUCCGGGACCACUCGGUCAGUGGAAGCUGUGUAUUCCUAUGAAGCUCAGGAGGACGGAGAGUUAUCAAUCACAGAAGGGGACAAUAUUACUGUUCUUCGAGAAGAUGACGGCAGUGGGUGGACAUUUGGUGAGCUUAAUGGAAUGAGAGGUUUGUUUCCUACCAGCUAUUGCAAAUGA